UUGCCAGUGACCUGUGGUGGGGGAAGUGGCCCAGCUUUAGCUGCUUUAUUUCCUGUGUUUUUAUUGGGUUAUCUGGCGAUUUCCUCGCUGGAAAAGUAAUAAAAGUGCCAGUGGAUCACCUGAGAAUGUGAGAUAGUGCUGAAAUGAGAGUAGAAGGCGUGAUAAACGGUGGAAUUGAUGGAAAAUAGUGGGUGUGCAGUUGAAAAAAAUUGAUGCAAGGUGGCGAUACCUGCUGCUCUUGAGUCUCUUCUUGGGUGGGAAAGCCAAGUGUUUUCUGGAGAAUCUUCAGUAUUUCCUGCCACGAGCAAGUGCAUUGUUUUAUUUGUGACCAGACAUUCCCAUCACAUCCACCGAAGCAGUAUAUACUAAGAGAAAAGUAGGAAACUCAUCAAAAAGUGCCAUUUAUUUUAGAAUUUGAAAUUUACUGCAAAGACUCCCGGAAGGAAGUAAACAAGGAGAGCUUUCCUGGACGAAAAUUGACUCACUUGCAAUAGAAUUGCAUUUUGUGAAGAAGAACGUGCAAGGACCGACUCAGAAUGGUUAUUUCGAAGGUGUGCUGCAUCGGGGCGGGUUACGUGGGGGGCCCCACGUGCAGUGUGAUGGCUCUUAAGUGUCCAGACAUCCAGGUGACCGUGGUGGAUCGCAGUGCUUCACGCAUUGCCCAGUGGAAUUCGGACAAGUUGCCAAUUUACGAGCCCGGCCUCGAUGCUGUGGUGAAGAAGUGCCGCGGGCGGAAUCUCUUCUUCUCCACGGACAUGGAACCGGCAAUCCGCGACGCGGAUCUCAUCUUCAUCUCCGUCAAUACGCCCACGAAGACAUCUGGCAGGGGCAAAGGACGCGCCGCGGACUUGAAGUUCGUGGAGAAUUGCGCUCGGAUGAUCGCCGAGAUAUCGCAGAGUAACAAGAUCGUGGUGGAGAAGAGCACGGUGCCCGUGAAGGCGGCCGAGAGUAUUAUGCAGAUUCUGAGGGCGAAUCAGAAGCCGGGCGUGAAGUAUGAUAUUCUGUCGAAUCCGGAGUUCCUGGCCGAGGGAACGGCGGUGAGGGAUUUGCUGGAGCCUGAUAGGGUGUUGAUCGGCGGAGAGGAGACACCGGAUGGACAGAAGGCCAUCGAGGCGCUGUGCUGGAUCUAUGAACACUGGAUCCCCAAGGAGCACAUCCUCACGACCAACACGUGGAGCUCUGAGUUGUCCAAGUUGGCGGCGAACGCUUUCCUGGCGCAGCGAAUCUCUAGCAUCAACAGCCUGUCGGCAGUGUGCGAAGCCACGGGCGCGGACGUGAGUGAAGUGGCGAGGGCAGUGGGUCUGGAUUCGCGCAUCGGUGCGAAGUUUCUGCAGGCGUCCGUGGGCUUUGGCGGCAGUUGCUUCCAGAAGGACAUUCUGAAUCUUGUGUACAUCUGCGAAGGACUGAAUCUGCCCGAAGUGGCGGCUUAUUGGCAGCAGGUGAUUGAUAUGAACGAGUUCCAGAAGUCCCGGUUCACACAGAAGAUCAUUGAGAGUCUGUUCAAUACCGUGGCGGAGAAGAGGAUCGCCAUUCUGGGAUUCGCCUUCAAGAAGGACACGGGAGACACUCGCGAAACGCCUGCUAUUGCGGUGUGCAAGCAACUCUUGGAUGAAGGAGCGCAGCUGAAUGUGUACGAUCCGAAGGUGGAACCGCACCAGAUUAUUCUGGAUCUCACACAGCCGAAGGUGACGGACAGUCCUGAAGCUGUCCAGGAGGCGGUGAAGAUCCAUGCCGAUCCGUACGCUGCUGUUCAUGGAACACAUGCGAUAGUGAUCAUCACAGAAUGGGAUGAAUUCAUUGACUUGGACUACAAUCGCAUCUACCAGUCAAUGAUGAAACCGGCGUAUAUUUUCGAUGGUCGGAAGAUCGUUGAUCACGAGAGGCUGCAGAAGAUCGGCUUCCAUGUGCAGACGAUCGGCAAGAAAACGCAGCCUGGUGGAAGACAGAGGUUCUACGGGAGCAAUCCUCAAUUGUAG